GAGGGAGACUAUGGAAUGCUGUGAUGUCAUCAGCCCAGUCAUACACACAAAGACAAGGAGGACCCACAGGCGCUCUGACUCUCUCAGCUUAGUUAGCAUACUCUGUGCUGUGGAGCGGCUGUCUACAUCCCACUAUUGUUCCAAUGAUGACCUCCAAAGACAAAGGAAACUGACACGUUUGUAGGGUAGGGAAACUGUCAGAACAACACAGAAAGGAAACAGGGUUUUGUGGGUGUGUGUGCGUGUGAGUGAGAUUGUACCUUAUGAACAAAAGUGUGAGUGGGAGGAGAAGCAAGCUCCUCGUUUUAUGAAGAUGGGUUUCUGUGGGUCAAUAAGAAGGAUUUUAGAAUAAUGAAGCCAUAAAAGUCUUUUUCUGAUGAAAUGAGACUAUAAACCAACAGUGUUUACCUCAAGAAGCUGCUGGCCAAAGGACAGCACCUCCUACCUCCGACCGCCUUGUCAGGUGGUACCAAGUUAACCCACCAUUCAGCCGCCAGCAUGCUGCAGCAGAUUUUAAAGGACAUGUACAUUGACCCUGAUGUGCUGGAUGCUCUUAAUGAGGACCAGAAAAAGACUCUGUUCCUGAAGAUGCGCCAGGAGCAGGUGCGGCGCUGGAAAGAACGGGAGGAGACACUCGAGAGAGAAGAGGGGGAGGCCGAGUGUAAGCGAACAAGGCCAAAACAAGCCAACAGUAAGAAUGUGAGCUGGCUUCUUGGCAGGGAUGGCGAUGUGGCGGCCAUUGUGAUCGGGGAGGUGGAUGAGCUGAGCUCCAAAUUCAUCUGCUCAGGAUUUGGAGAAAAGAAGAUGCAGAGUCUUCAGAACAAUGCAUACCACCAAACCAUACUGAAGAGCAGAAAAACAACAGAACCUGUCAGAACUGAGAGAGAGAACCUUCCUCCUGAAACACAACCUGGAAUUUCACUGAGUUUAAAGGGGAAGUACGGGGAGACGAGCACGUUACUCCCUCUGCCGCCCGAGUUGAAGUCAGCCAGUGCGACUGAGGAGAAGUCAGUUCCCCAGUCCUCCAUCUGCUCCAGGCCUCCCAUGAGAGCUAGCCCUGUCAACGUGAGACCAGCUUCUGCAAAUGCAGCACCAGGCUCUGUCAACACGAGACCCAGCCUGGCGAAUCUGAGGCUGGCCACCGCUGCACAAUCCCCUUCCUCCAGCAGCGCUGUCAAAACAGACUCUGGGACAACCAAAGGUGGCCGUCCCUCACAGGAGCCUCACAAGCCCCAGGAAUCACAGGGUGGGAAAGAUAUUGGUGUAUUAAACACAUCCCGGAGGGCUGCCUCGGCGGAGGCCGGGUCAUCAGGGAGCGCACCAACCUGCGCAGGGCGCGGCCGGGUGGCUCAGCUGAUGAAAACCUUCAGCGCCGAAAGUACUACAACCCCUACACAGACCCCCUCUCGCAGCAUCAAGCCUCCUCUCCCCACCAAGCCUAGCCACUUGCGUCUAACGACCACACCUACUGUCAGGUAAUCCUCACACACUGAUGCAGAGACACCCACCGAGCUUCAAGCAUCCCGGUGAUUCAAAUUAAGCCACACUGGACAAUGUCAGGCCCCUAAUGUGGAGCCUCAGCCAGUGGCUUAAUGGGAUGGAGAACUCCAAAGGUGGAAAAGAAGAACAUGGUAAUGUUCACAAUGUUGCUGUCACUCCCAAAGCCCAGUAAUGGAAAUGCUUGAAUGUAAUGGUUUUAUUUUAUUAUUGGAUGCUGCAGUACUGUAAACACUCUUUGUGGGAAAGAAAUUCCAAAGCAAUUGAAUGCAAUGUAUACGUAUUUUUCCAGGGAAUUUAUAACUAUAACAUGUAUUCACUUUGUGUUGAUGCUUUGGCAGGGCUGUGUGAACACACAUUUUCUUGCCCAAUUCAUAAGCCCCAUAAACACAAUAUUUUUUACUUACCAGUGACAUUAUAUCUAUCACUUAUGAGCAGACCCAGACAGAAUCUUUUUUUGUGUUUUUUUUUUUACAGUUUUUAACAGUGAUCUAGAAGGAAAAUCUGCAGAUUUUUUUUUUGUGUGCAUUGUUUCUUAUGAGACAGUUUGCAUGAGCGCAUGUGCAGAUACACGAGUGGUUCAGGACAACAGAAUGGGCCAUGAGCAGGCAUAAUGGGGUGGAAUAAGGCCCAGUAGGGUCCUCCUUCAUCUCACUGUCGCCUCUUUGGGAAUACUCUAGUGUUGUUUAUUUGUCACAGUGCAAUGUAUGUCUCCCUCUGCCACCUGGCAGGAGCCUCACUGUGACCUGUGGUGGACCGAUGACACAAUGCCAUUUUCAUCAUCUGUCAAUCCCAGUGGAUCAAGUUAGACAGUUGCUGCCAAAUAAUCCAGAGUGUCACUUGUCUACAUUUUUUCAGUACUAUUCUAGAUAUGUGUGGUUUUUCUUUUUUUACAUUUUCUAUAGGGGGAAAGAUGUUUUGUAAUGGGAUGUUUAACAUUACUAUAAUGCUCACUUGUAAAAUGAAAUAUUUUUUAUCUUUGAUGCUAAGCUUGUAUGGUGCAAUCAAAGAAACAAUAAAAUUGUGUAACUUGUACACCUACUCUUAAAAGUC